CGCUUCCGAUCGACUUCUCAUGGUCAUUUAAAGUGCCCCCUCCACCCAAAUUCUCUGCAACUUGGAAGGAGAUCUGCCCUUUGAUCAGUGAGCGCAAAGAAAGAAGAACUGAAACCAGUGAGUAAGAGAACCAGAGAGAGACGAAUGGCUACCAUUAGUUCAUCGAUAGCUUCUUCCCUCACACUGAAAUCUGCCAAGCCAAGCCUUUUUUCGUCAUCACUCUGCCCAUCCUCUGUUGGUUUCAAGCAGAGUGUUGCUGGGACCAGCUUCUUCGGCACCCAACAUAAGCUCGAGGCCUUCCAUUCCGGAGCGCCGUCUGCUUCACCAUCAUCUCGCUCGAACGCCGUUGCUUCUGCGGCAUCAGGAACCGGCGUUCAAGAGCUGUCUAAGAAGGAAUGUGCAGAGAGUACUGGAGUUCAGGAGCUGCAUGUCUAUGAGAUAAACGAGAGGGACAGGAGCAGCCCUGCCUACCUUCGUCUUGGCCAGAAACAAGUCAACUCGCUCGGUGAUUUGGUGCCCUUCACCAACAAGAUUUACAGUGGCAACCUGGAGAAGCGUCUGGGAAUCAGCGCAGGGAUCUGCAUCCUCAUACAGCACGUACCAGAGAAGAAGGGCGACCGCUACGAGGCCAUCUACAGCAUCUACGUCGGUGACUACGGCCACAUCUCUAUCCAAGGACCUUAUCUGACAUACGAAGACACGUACUUAGCAGUAACAGGAGGCUCUGGUAUAUUCAAAGGAGCUCGUGGACAAGUGAAACUUCACCAGCUGAUCUUCCCAUUCAAGAUCUUCUACACCUUCUAUCUUGAAGGCAUUCCCCCACUGCCUGCUGAGCUGCUUGGGGAACCAGUCCCUCCUUCACCCGCAGUGGAACCUGCCCCUGCAGCCAAGGCCACAGAGCCCCAUGCCACCAUCCCUAACUUUACCAACUGAUUUGGUUCUCAUCCAUCUACCAUAUAGAGCUAGUGACAGCGGAUGCAUUUUGGUGGUGCUUCGGCAAGAAAAGGCUUGUGCCGACAAAAUGGGAAUUCGUUCAAGACAAAAACGGUGACAAAAUGGGAAUUUAGACAGACUAAUGUUAGACUAUGUAUCUGUUCCUGUAGCUAAGAAUAAAUGCUAUUAACGUUUUGUCUUAACAAAA